CUUGGUCCUCAGACACUGAAUGCGCUGCAUACCUAUAGAAGAAGAAUAAGAGGACAAAAUACUAUACUAACGAGGAAAGCAACUAAAUGCACAGACUUUCUCCCAUAUUCUGAGUAAGCCAUUUCGGAGGAAGUUGUUUUUCUGUGCUCUCUCUGUGUUCUAUACGGCUUGUCUGUCUGCAGAAUUAUAAAUCAAAUUAGACGUGCCGUGGGAAUACUUGUCUUUUUGUGUACCAGGAUUCCAGUGUCCUUUGGCAGUCCUUUAACGGGUUAGAAACACCAGCUGGCAGAACUGAAGGUGUCUUCGUUUCCUCUCCAUCGCUCCUUUUUGUGUGUGAGGGUCAUUAAGGGGUGAGCGCAAGGGUAGAGAAGCAUCUCGUUAAACACGGAUCUCAUGUGCUUGCUGGAUGUGCUUGUGAUUACCAACAUUUCUUGUUGAAAGAAAAGACAACACCAAUACAGCGAUUGCGAAUCUGCUGUUUUUCUGAGGGACUACAAAUAUCCGCACAUUUCGUCGAAGGGAAAGAAUACGCUGAAGAUCAACAUGAGCUGCCUCAUCUUGCGAAAUGUUAUGGCUUGCGCCCUGCUACUGAUGAUGUGGAAAGGACCCUUCACAGCCGUGGCGGUGGAGUAUGGCCAGGUGCCUGACAACAUCACUGUUCUGGAAGGAGAGAACGUCACCCUGAGGUGUAAGAUUGAUGUGGAGGUUACCCAUAAAGCCUGGCUCAAUCGCUCCAGCAUCCUCUUCACAGGCGACGACAAGUGGUCGCUGGACCCGCGUGUCUCACUGGUCAACAGCAACAGCAGCGACUUCACCAUCCAGAUCGAGAACGUGGCGGUAGCUGACGAGGGCCUGUACCUGUGCAGCCUGCAGGCACGUAACAUGCCCCGUGUCUCCCUCGUCUACCUCAUAGUGCAAGUGCCGGCCAGGAUCGUCAACAUCUCCCGGGACGUGUCUGUGAACGAGGGCGCCAACGUCAACCUCUUCUGCCUGGCAGAGGGCCGGCCCGAACCCAGCGUGACCUGGAAGACGUCCAAAUAUGGCCUGAUGAGUGAGGGCGAGUUCCUGGACAUCACAGAGAUCAAGCGGAACCAGGCCGAGGACUUUGAGUGCAUCACCAGCAACGGGGUGCUCCAGCCUGACGUGCGGCACGUCAGGGUCGUUGUCAGCUACCCUCCCACCAUCACAGACGUGAAGAAUCUCAGUUCGGCUCAGCUUGGGAAGACUGCCCUGCUCCGCUGUGAGGCCAUGGCUGUGCCGACCGCCACCUUUGAGUGGUACAAGGAUGACCACAGACCUUUAGAAAGUGACAGUACCCUCCGGAUCAAGAACGAGAAGACGCGUUCGCUGCUCCUCUUCACCAACGUGACGGAGAAGCACUACGGCAACUACACCUGCUUCGCCUCCAACCGCCUGGGGGCCUCCAACGCCAGCAUGCUACUACUGCGACCAGAGGCGGCGUACAGCGGAGGCGUUUCAGACGGGAGCCGUGUGAAUGGUCUGGGCCUUUGGCUAGGCCUGUCCGCAUGUGCACUCCUGAAAGCCUAGAGUCUGUCUCAUCUCUCCCACUCCCCCUACCGACAAUGUGAGGAAAGGGAGAAGAGAAGGCGAGGAUGAUGAUGAAAAUGAAGAUGGCUAAGAAGAAGAAGAAGAAGAUGAUGAUGACGAAGGAGUCUUUAAUUAUGAACCCAUCACUGUGAACAAAAAGAAUUAUGCAUUAAGUCCAGGAGCCAUCGCUGCAUCACACAGCAAAUCCAUCCUCUCCCUCUCCCUCUCUCUCUCUCUCUCUCUCUCUCUCUCUCUCUCUCUCUCUCCCCUCUCUUUCUCUCUCUCUUUCUUCUCCUACAUCUUCCUUGUCUUUCCCUGUUUAGUCUGUUCCAUCUUCACAUCAUCUUCAGCUUUUCACCAGGCUCUGUUACGUGUUCAUAAUGAAGGUCAACCGGAUAUAAUGAUAAUAACAAUAAUAAUAAUAAUAAUAAUAAUAAUAAUAAUAAUGAUGAUAAUAGUAAGUAGCUUCAGCUCAUUCACUCUACGUAUGUGCAUGAAGAUGAUUUUCCAGUGAAGCUGAUGUUAGUACCAGGGCCAGGUGAUGGUGGUGAUGGUGAAGAUGAUAAUAAUAAACCUUGUCAGAGAUGUCAGAGGUCACUCAUCAGCAGAGCCUGGUGACCUUUUGCCCACUGCGCAGCAUGUAAAAUAUUUGGAUUGUGCCCCCUCUGGGCACUCUUGAUACUGCUGCUAUGAAUGAUGUCAAUACACACACCACAUUCAGCAUCCAUCCUAUUCUCUCCAUCCAUGACAGACCGACCAUGGGACAGCGGCCAUCUUUAUGUUCUACAUCUUUCCGUCCAGUCCACACCUUCAUUCCUCUCACCCCAUACUCAUCCCUCCACCUAUCAGAGUCGUCCCAGUGUAAAUAUGCAGCACAGAGGCCAAUGUCACAGUCCCCACAUUGGGCUCAUUUCUAAGGAAACAAAAGUCAGAACAAAAAAAAAAACACAAGAUACAACAAAAAAAUAUUUGACCCAUAAUCCAAUCUGUCUGAGUAGCUCUUGACCAGGAGGAAGUGUGUUCAGUGUCGCCUACUUUGAGUGCAGCCUUUAUCCUUCUCCUCUGUCUCGCUUGUGGAUAGCAUGUACCGGCUAGAGAUGUCCCCUGUUGUGACCCCUUUCAGUCCCCCUCCUCCUCCCAGCCCUGCACUGUGUACGUACCCCCCCUCCCAGGCCCCCAGCCCUGCACUGUGUACGUACCCCCCCUCCCUGCAAGGCUAAUUGCUUUUACUUUUUUGGUGUUAAUACUUGAUCAAUAAUGAAGAAGUGACUACGUACUUAACUAAACAUGGUAACAGUCAAAUUCACGUGGCGAAAUAUAUCUUCUGUAAACCGACAGUGCUGAUUACUGGUUGCUUGCGCAAAAAUCUUUUCAUACGUUGCUCUGGAAAAAAACAACAACAACAACAAAAUUGCUCAUUAAAUCAGAAAAAUAAGAUUUUUUUUUUAACCCCCAAAGUGACUCUACCAUGUCAUGAUGAGCUUUGUUUAAAAACAGAAUUUGAAGGAGUCCUCUCAUCCAAAAACGAGAAAUCAGUGAACUGUAAUUUAAUUUAUAAUGUCUAUGUCCUCAAUAUUUUCCAUGCUGUUGCCCGUAUCUGAUGUAGGUUAAACUACUUCAUUCAACCAUACUGUAAUAUGUUUAUAUACAAAGCCGUAGAUCAGCCGAAACCCUCUCCACACAGAAGCGAGAUAAACCCAGUGAAAGAUUGGGCUGGGGGUUACAUAAAGCCGUAAUUAGCAAUUACCUCUGAUUCACUAAGCAAGGGGACCGUCGCCCCCC